CGUUUCCGCCCUCGGCCGGCCCCACCUCUGCCGGCCCGCCCUCGACUCCCCGCCGUGCGGAGCAGCAGCCCGGGAUCCCGGAGUGGCGGAGCCCCCGCCCGCAGCGGCCGCCGCCUGGACGCCGGGGAGCCGCAGGAUUUCACAUCGAAAGAAGACAGAACCUUGUGCCUGCCCGCCCAAGCCUCUUGCUGGUGCUUUUAGUGACCCCGGGUCCGAGACUCUGACCUUCACUGCACGAGUGAGGGUCUCUAGGAUUCCCACAGCCCGAGAACCAUCCAGCUGUGUGAAUCCCGGGUGCUGUUCCGCCUGAGAGUGAGGACUGGCUGGUUAGCAACAAAACAAGAGCCCUCUGGGGCCUCUGGCAGAGGCCCGAAGCUGGAACCAUCAGGGAAUAUGAGUGAAUUUUGGCACAAACUGGGCUGUUGCGUGGUAGAGAAGCCCCAGCCGAAGAAGAGGAGAAGACGGAUUGACCGCACCAUGAUCGGGGAGCCAAUGAAUUUUGUCCACUUGACUCACAUCGGCUCGGGAGAGAUGGGGGCAGGAGAUGGACUUGCCAUGACCGGUGCAGUUCAGGAGCAGAUGAGAUCCAAGGGAAACCGGGACAGACCGUGGAGCAGUUCUAGGGCCUUGUAGCUCCCACAGGCCUGGCUCUGCAGUCUUGGCGUUCCCAUUCCGUGUCCAGCCCAGAAGAAAUGCUGCCCACACCAGAUCCCUUCCACAACCAGUGACCCAAGGGUCCCACCUCUCCCCGCUUCCUAACAAGUGCCUCCAACGGCAUGGGGGCUGGACUCCCUCUCCUCCCUCUGGCCUCUGCCCCUCCUGGAGAUGGGCUCAAGGCAGCAGGACUGACCAAGUGACUACUGGUGGGCCAGAGGAGUCAGCUGAAGCCCUGGGCACCCUAGAUCUGAGCUGGAGGUUCUCUGGGAACCUGGAAUGAGUUCCCUGCUCCUGAAUGAAGGUCGGGUGCCACCCGUUUAAACUUCUUGCCUUUACUUUUUAAAGGAGGCAGGUAGGUGAGGGGACCACAGCUGCCUCCCUGCCCUCUUUCCUUCUGGAAUGCGCACUGCAGAGGCCAAGGGACGGAGUGACCGCUGCCCAGUACACGCUGGAUUUCAGGUGAAAGCUCACAGCCCCCACGUCUCUGCCGGCACCAGGGUCUUGCUCCAGUUAGGCCUCUAAUCCUGUGCUUCUGUAGUAUUAAUAGCUUCCCAGAAAUAUUCCUUUUUUUAAUUAAAAUUUUAAUUUAAGAUGA